UUGAGUGAUGUGUUACGUGUUUCUUUCGUGUGCGUGAGGACGCGAAAGAAAAUUUUAUACGCGCGUGUUAUCGUCGCUAAGCUUCGAUCGAAUAAUUUCGGACAAUUAUUGAAGGUGUAAACACCUUCAUCGAGCCGACGUCAAUCACUCGGACACCGAUGCGUUCGCUUGUUGUGUCACUUUAACCGCCGUAAACAGCAGAACUGUCAACGGCAGAACUGUCACAAUGGGAACUGUCAACGUAACUGACAGAUUAAACGCGAUAUGACUUGGCGUGAACAAUUGCGUUUGUGUGUGAAUUUCGCGCGAGAAAUAUCUUUCGAAGAGGACGAUUAGAAACAGAAACUCAACAAACUCAGUUUCGCGGCAUUUUUGCGAUCAGUGCGCGAUUUACGGUCGCCGUCGAUACUUCCGUCGAUCAACGUGAAUAUAGGAACUGAAUCGCACUAGCGCCGUUUGUGAUAAGAACGAGAACGCGCGAGGUUUCAAGAAAAUUGGACAUAAAUAUGUGAGUUUUGAUUACGAUAGAAGAAAAUCGUACAUGCAAAUGCGGACGGACAUUGCUAUCUUGCAUCGAGCGCGCAUGCUUUAGUUGCUGAGAAUUUGAAAAUCACGAGUGACUCGACGCUGCAUAUUUUAUUGUCGAACGAACGCACAGUGAACGCGAUUGCGAAGUUCACGAUCAACAGAAUAACUUGACUGAUAUUCCGAAUAUGUCUAUUACGGCGAGAUUUUCUUCGCGUUUUCUCGUAUUUGCGCGCGUGUAUUGACUCUCGUGCAUCUUGGUGCUUCGUGCGGGGACAACAUGGAACGUGGAAGCCAUUGUCAAUUAUGCGCUCUACUCUUUCUUCUCCUCCUCUUCGCGGACAUCAUAAAAGGUAGCAAUGGUGACGUCGAGGAUUCGGAAACCGACGUGCAGGAUUACAACACGGACGAGGACUACAACGACGUUUUCGACGCGACUACUAACGGGACUGACGUAGACGCUGCGUCCGGCACGAAGAGCGGCACCUUAAAAUUCGUAAGAACGUUGACGAACAUCUCGAAGGACGCCGGCGGUGUGGUCCAUAUGCGAUGCGAAGUCGUGGGCGAUCCUCCACCGACGAAGAUACGAUGGUUCAAGAACGAAGCUCCGUUGGAAGAUAAUCGACCGAAAAUCACCAUUAGGAAAAUACACGCACAAAUACACGAGCAUGCAGCGAAAAAUUUGGCGGGCAGUCGAUUGAAAAUUACAAAUUUAGACGUAUCCGACGUUGGUUUUUACACCUGUCGCGUCACGAACGGCAAGGAUCAGAUUCAGAGCGAAGGAACGUUGCGAGUCGAUUCUUCCAAGAAGUGGCAAGCUCCGAUACAUCCCGGAGAUUCCAUCGGGCAUUCACUGGGCGCUGAUAGAUUUCCUACAGGAAUGUCCAGUAUGGGGAAUGGAGACUCAUUGGACAACCUGGGCAGUGGAGUGUCAACACCUCAUCUCUCUCAUCUGGCAUCUGCAAAUCCAUUUGGUGGCAUACUUUUGCCAAGUCCACAUCCGACCAGCUUACAAUCCACCAUGGAUUUCAAUACAAUUAGCGGCCUUACUAAUGGCAAUAUACAGUUUCCAUCCAAUGUUGAUGAAAUAUCGGGCAUAAGUAAUGUUUUAAACAGAAAAGACAAUCAUAAAGGAACUUGCGAGGUAUAUACAGGACAAACGUGUGCACAAUUUGUAGGAAACCAAUCGGUUUAUAUAACAUAUCCUAUGACACAAAAGAUGCUUGAGGAGAAAUUAAUGAAAGCAUUUCAAGUUAUUAAUUUUUCGAAUGAACUUUCAUCAAAUUGUGAAGGAUAUGCAAAGCCGUCUCUGUGCUAUUCCGCUUUUCCGAUAUGUCGUGACUCGUCGAACAAUCAAAAACCGAAAAACACAGAAGCGAGCACGCAGCUCUUUAGGCUUUUGAAUUCCGAGAAGGAUCAUCUAUUGGACGAUGAUCGCGACGACGCGGACGAAUUCGCAAAAAUGCACGGCAUUCCCAAGAAACGCAGUCCUACUUUGGAUCCAACCUUUUCAGGUCCGACCUUUGAUUUUAUACCCAACGAGAACGGAAAGACGAGCAAUAAGAAAAUAAUCAAUCAGAGUUACGGGGACUUGCGAGCGUCCAAUAGAAACGAGAUGAAUCGUAAGUUGCGAAGAAUAUGCCGAGAGGAGUGCGAAAUGCUGGAGAACGAAUUGUGCCGAAAGGAGUACGCGAUAGCGAAGAGGCAUCCUUUAAUUGGGCAUCAAGUGCCUUUGGUUGAAUGUUCGGACUUGCCAUUGGAGGGAACGACAGAAGCUCGCGAUUGCCUAACGCUCGGAUUAUCUGUGGCGAACACCGUGCAGGAAAAUGAUUACUGUUAUUGGGGCAGUGGAAAAUCCUAUCGGGGAACCGUAAAAACAAGCAUUAGCGGACGGCCGUGUUUACGGUGGUCUUAUCAUUUCAAUCUUCCAAUUUCUGAUUACCCCGAAUUAGCCGGUCGUCACUCGUACUGUCGGAAUCCUGGUGGCAAAGAAUCGCAACCAUGGUGUUACGUCGACGUCAAUAACAGAAUGCAAAAGGAGUUUUGCAACAUAUCCAAAUGUGUUGAAAAUUUAUGGAUUUAUGCGGUUGUUGGUUUCGUAUUAACGGGAGGAUUUGUUGUUAUAUUAAUUUGCUAUUGCUGCUGCUACAGAAGCAGAAAAUCCAGAAGGCAAAUGAAUCAUCUGCCAUCGAAUAAAAUGUUGACUGGUAUUCAAUGUGAUAAGAACAUAUAUGAUGGAAGAAGAAGCACGACACAGCCAAUGGAAAUGAGUUCCCUUUUGGCAGGACCUGGUAAUACGACACCGGGUACUGGCACGUUAAGCAGUGGCAGUAGCAGAACGUCAAAUAAUAGAAUACCUCAAUUUACCACAAAUAAUGUCGUGCUGUUGCAAGAACUCGGCGAAGGUGCUUUCGGAAAAGUCUACAAAGGCGAAUUACAGACCGGUAAUAAAAGCGAGCCGUCUAUUUUCGUUGCGGUAAAAACGCUGAAGGAAAACGCGACUCCGAAGACUCAGAGCGAUUUCAAGAGAGAAGUUGAACUUAUGACCGAUCUGAGGCAUCCGAAUAUCAUUUGCCUACUCGGCGUGAUACUCAAGGGAGAACCAAUGUGUAUGCUCUUCGAAUAUAUGACUCAGGGAGAUCUACACGAAUUUUUGAUCUGCCAUUCCCCGAGAUCGGAUGUACCCUUAAACAACAGCAACGGUAAAAUUCUAGAACAGCCGGAGUUUUUACAUAUUGCAUUGCAGAUCGCUUCUGGCAUGGAAUAUUUGGCCAGCCAUCACUAUGUCCACCGCGAUUUGGCAGCUAGAAAUUGCUUAGUGGGCGAUAAUCUGACGGUGAAGAUCUCGGACUUCGGCUUGUCGCGAGAUAUUUAUAGCAGCGACUAUUACAGGGUACAAUCUAAGAGUCUAUUACCCGUUCGAUGGAUGCCGCCCGAGUCGAUUUUGUAUGGCAAGUUCACCACUGAGUCGGAUGUAUGGAGUUUCGGGGUUGUGUUGUGGGAGAUUUACAGCUACGGUUUGCAGCCGUAUUAUGGAUACAACAACCAGGAAGUUAUAGAUAUGAUUCGCUCACGGCAAUUGCUGCCGUGUCCCGAAGAUUGUCCGACGAUGAUCUAUAGCCUGAUGAUCGAGUGCUGGCAUGAGGUGGCGAAUCGCCGACCGCAGUUUCCGGAGAUCCAUCAUCGGUUGCACAACUGGUACAUAAAUCAAACCUACUUGAGUGACUUUUGCAACGAGUCUAUUACUAGUUACUCCGGUAGUAGCCACAAAAGCACGAACAAGACGAACUCGACGCAACUGUCAGCGCCUAUAUACAAAAGCGAUCAGAAAGGGGAGCAGCAGCCGGCGGCUGUCUGCAAUCUUAACGAUUACAACAACGCGAUAAAAAUGCUACCGUCAACGGUGAACACUUUCACGAGUUCCAACUGCGUCGAACAGAAGCCUAAUUGCGGGUUUUCAAACGCGGAACACGGUACGCCAAUAAAAACCAAUAAUUACCAGAAUCCCGUCGCGAAUGUGAAUCUGAACGAUGUCUACGAUGACAAACAGUGUUGCUCGCCCAAGUUGAGCGGCGCGAAGAAAGUCUUACCCACAACAGUACCGCAGGCUGGUACGCCCAAAUCAAACGCUAUCAACAAUGGCCUGAGACCGAUGCAAAAUGGCGCGCAGUUGGUCGUCAGGUUACCGGAUCCCAGUAAAGUCACGACUGAGACAAGAGUGUCGAAGUGAACACAGUUUGACUCGCGACGAAUACACAUAUACAAGUUUUUUCAGAUAUUUGCGCGCGAAGAGUGUCGAUGAAAGCAUAUACAUAUACGUAUCUCUAUGACUGCCGGAUACUCUCUUUCUUGGUCAAUAUUGAGAAUAACAUAUGACAGACAAAGAGGGUUGUGCUAUACACAUUUUAACUACUGCCAUAUAUUUAUAUAUACAUAUUUGUAUAUUUAUUUAUUUUUACACAUGUACACGUAUUUUAUAUUGACUUUCGUUUUUUUGUGGAUGUUCUAUGUGUAAUGUCUUCUUAUACAUGUAACAUAAUUUUAACGUAUAUAUAUAUAUAAAUAUAUAUAUAUAUAUAUAUAAAUAUAUACACAUACACGUAGAACAGAAUUGGAUGUCGUGCUCUAACAUGAUUCCAUUUGUAAUUAUACAAACAAAAACGGAAUGAAUUUUUUGAAAAUAUAUUUGUUCUUUUAUUUUUUACAAGAAGAAAUAAAUUGUCUCAAUCAUUUUUUCAAAAGUAUAUAUUAUAUAUAUACUACGAGUACGUAUACAAUUUUGCACAUAUACACGCAAAUAAAUGUGUGUGUAUAUGUACGUGUAUAACUUGUAUCUUUAUAAGUUGUGCAAGAGAGAGAGAGAGAGAGAAAGAGAAAGAGGUAAUUUAUAUAUUUCACGAGAAGGAAAUAAUCUUGUAGAACAAAUGUUGAUACUUAAUAUUAAAACGAAUGUUUAAUCAAUAUGCAUGCUCUGUCGAAAGAGUGUAAUAUUGUAUGAAAUAUUGUUAUGCUCUAUAAUUCACACUUUACGUGAAUCAUGUUCUCAAAUGUACUCUUUACGGAACUGUUCAAAAAAAAAAAAAAAGAUGCGAGCACGCGCGAUCGAGUAUAUAUUGUAAUGAGCGGGAAUGUGAGAGAAAGAAAGAGCGAUAAAAAAAAAGAGAGAGAUGCCUGAGUGUGCGAUUUGUGAAUGUGUACGUUAAGAUGUUUUCUAAAGAGCAAUUUUUUAUAACCAUAUUAAUAUGCCAAAAUUCGGAUAGUGAAUAUUUAACUGUUAAACAAAAACUCUUCUCCGAUUUAUACAUUUUUACACAAUAGGUGGAUGUACGUGUAUCUUUUACUAAAAAAAAAAAAAUCUUCGAGGUCACUUCUUAACCAGCAAUAUUCUCGUCCUCCCUCUUAAUCGAUAUGUCCUUAACAUUUCUCGACCUCGAAGACUCACAAACGACUGAGAGAUUUGAUACCCGUAAAUAUUCAGCGAUAGUAAACGGAAAAUUAUCGGAGAAUAUUUGUGUGUGUAUAAAUUAUAUAUUAUUAUUAAUUAUAUACGCGCGUGUGUGUAUAGGACGUACAAUAUACAUCUUGACUCUAGGCUAUAAAAAUAUCGCUACUUUGAUUUUAUAACUUUGCGAAAUUUAACUCUUUGCGUAUUUUCGAGGUAAAUAAAUAUAUUAGCGAUAAAUUAAGAGAAUGUAAAAUGUUUUGAAAUUAUUGAAAGGAGAGAGGGUAUUAUAAUUUUCGUAAUUUUUAUAUUAACGCAGAAAGUGAGGAGAAAAAGAGAGAGCGUGCUUUCGAUUUGUUGGAAGAAACAACGGUUAUAGACGUAACAACGUGAUAAAAUUUUUAGUAUCUCGUACUUAGCUUUUCGCAUCACGCACAACUGCCAUUAAAAGAAGACUAAGAUUGAUGUACCUCCGAAUUGAAGUUUUUAUCUAUUGUAAUUUUGAGAGAGACCAUCACUUCGAAAAGAAGUUUGCUAUACAAUGAGGUUAAUUUGUGUCAAGAAUGGAAUUCUUCAGCGAAAGAAUGAUGUGUAUCUAAGACCUUUAUACUCAGUCAAAUACAAAUAUACAAUUCA